UGUCACACUUGACGCGCGUAAUUCAAAUUUGUGAAAAAUGGAAGAGAAGACCGAUUCGGAUUUGGACGUUCCCACGUCGCCCCGGCAGCACUUCAUGUCGCUGGAUUCCGGCAAAGACGUGGAUUUGAUGAAAACAGCCGACGAAAAUGCCGUCGAAAAACUCUUGCAAACCCUCGGCGAGAUCGACUUCACCAUCAAACAGAAGCUGGAAGUGGUGGAAAACCUCGACAUUACGGUGCAAAUAAUCAGUUUUAAAAUCUUCGAAGCCACACACGAAUUCAAGAAGAAAAUCGGCUUCGUGACCGAUGAGAGAAACCGAUUGUUGUCGUCGAUUGAAAAUCGGUCCGAGUUGAGCCUCAUCUUGAACGACCUCGACCGGAAAAUCACCGAAUUGGAGAAGCAACUCGACGAGAAAAUCCGGGGUUUCAACACGGAAAAAAUCGGGCUGCAAGAGCAAGCCGAAGCCAUCAUCUUCCAACUCGACGAAGACAUCGCCCUCAUGCAACUGAAAUUCGAGGAGCUCAAAGCCGACCUCAGCUUCAAGCGAGACACCCUAUAUCGCGUCCAAAUCGAGGCAAUGAACCAAAAAUACACCCCCUUGGUGGACAAAUACGAGGAGAAUUUGCACACCUACGAGAAACUCCAACUUACAGGGUGGCGUGUGGAACAAUCAGAAGUGAAACUCUCAGAACUUCUCGAGGAGCAGGGCUUGAAGUUCACUCCUUCUGGCCGACUCCUCACCCGCACUGGCAGCCUCCUCACGUUCCAGGAGGCCCAAGACAAGGGGUACUUCAAGGAGGUGAAAGUCUCCCUCGACAAGGUCUUCCAGUUCUUCAAGGACCGGGAUCGGGUGCGCCUCCCCGAUCAUUCACCUACACCAGACGCAGACUUCAGCGAAAAGUGUAGCACUGUUGAAAGUAAAAUGUCGUCACAAGACGUCAAGUAUUUAAAACAAAACGUGGGGAAACCCCUAACUCUGGCUUUAGCCGAAAUAACCGCGAAAAUGCCACGUGACCCCAUACACUACUUGGGACACUAUUUAUUCAAAUAUCGGUACAACCAGGAAUUGGAGGAGGUGCAAAAACGGGAAAUUGAGGAAUUGACUCUUGAGAGAAAACGACUGGCACAGGAAAAAUGGAAAAAAUUCGUCGAGGAAGAGGCGAGAAACGCCGUCAUCGAAAUGGUCCUCCGCGCCGAGCAAAUCGCCUACGAAAACGAGUUAAAACGCAUCGAAGAGGAGCAAAUGUUGGCUCAGGCGGAGGAGGAGGAGUGGGCGGGGACAGAAGAGGAAAACGCCCAAAUGGCCGAACUUAUGGAAGAGGCGCGCGACAAAUUCGAGUAACACUCACCGAUUGGUUGAUCCUCACCCCCAUUUGGAUCACCUGCGAAACAAACAAAUUAAAUUCAGUUUCUUCAAUGUUGUUUUUCUAAUUUAGCGAAGUGUCUUUUCCGUUUUGUACGCAAUACAAAUACCUCACCUGUAAAGCGCUAAUGGACCUUGGCUGGGGUCUUCGCUUGUGUCCGCAGGGGGCGAGUUUUGCGUGCGAAAUUUCCUCAGGUUAGAAACGAAAGCGCAAUUUUUGGAAAAUCUCCGCCGUAUUUGCGAAAGGUUUGAUAAA